AUGGUUCUGAUCAAACUUCUCAUUUUCACUUCGACUUUUUAUCAACUUUUUGUUGAUUUGGAUGCUAUAAUAUGCCCGAAAGGUCACAAAGUAAAGAGUAGCGAUAGGGAAGGCUGUGACGUCUGCAAAGUUGGAUCUUUCCAUCCUGGAGAAAAUGAGAGACUUGUGUGCCAUCCAUGUACAAAGUGUAGAGCAGAUCGGGGGAGCUCUGAGAAACAGAAAUGCACGAAAGAGACGGACACGAUAUGUGAGUGCCGUGGAGAAUUUGUCGCCUGGUUAAAGAACUCUGACACUUGCAAAUGUGACAUUGGAUUUGGACUAAUAGAUGGAGUAUGUUCCAAAUGCAAACACGGACAUUUCAGCACUAAAAUCGACUCACCAUGUCAAGAGUGGAAAAAAUGUGAGUCAGGGGUGAAAACUAAUGGAAGCGGGACCUCAGAUGUCAUCUGUAAUGAGCUGGGGAUUAACACUACAUCCUACACCACACGCACACCACCCAUCCAUCCAAGUGAGGGGGCCCGUACUAAGAAAAUGCUCACCACCACCAUGACCACCACCACCACCACCACCACAGCUCCUCCAGGACACAAAGUCCCCCACGAGCCAAAUGGAAAAAUAGAGCAUUUCCCUAACUCAAACACAGGCCACCACAUAGGAUCGGUCCUAUUUGGAAUCGUUGCACUGCUUCUUCUCACUGCUGUGACUUGCAAGCUGCACAAAUCCCCUUGUGUGCAGAAAAAACCAUUGCCAACAAAUGACUCAUUGUGUCGGAGGCCGGUUGAGGAGAGUGGCGACAGCAGCCCGUCCACCUCUAUCAAGCUGAUUCCCGGGGAGCCGUGAGGUGAAACUCUCCUUGAA